ACGUCAGAGCACAGGCAUGGCUUGUWAACACACAUGACAAGUGCUGUUAGUGUGCUUUCUGUCAGUGKCAGUCCUCGGGUGUAGAGGCUGGAAGGAAUUUAGCUAGCGACCACGCAAUUUGUUAUAUGGACAAAUAGGAUCCGCUGACUGGAUCAAAUCACUCCUAGAAGUACAGGAAUACACCAUUUAAUCGUGUGAAAGGGACGCUAAGGAAACAUGAUGUCUGUAUUGGGAAGAGCGAGUCGGCUCAUUCAAUUUGCCAAGUGCAGUAACGCCAUAAACCUGUGUGUUACGACAUCUCUCAGAAGACAGUCUAGUAGUGCAACYGCUGCAGCCUUCGUCCAGCCAGCCUCCACAGCCACCCCAGAAGCUGUAGAAAACAGAAAGCCCAAAACRGGGAUCUUAAUGAUGAACAUGGGAGGACCUGAGAAACUGGACGAUGUWCACGAUUUCCUGCUGCGCCUUUUCUCCGACACCGAUCUGAUGAAGCUUCCUGUUCAGAAUCGACUUGGUCCGUUCAUAGCGAAGCGGCGCACCCCUAAGAUCCAGGAGCAGUACAGCCGGAUCGGAGGAGGCUCCCCUAUCAAGGCCUGGACCACCAUGCAGGGAGAGGGCAUGGUCAAACUGCUGGAUGAGAUGUGUCCGGAAACAGCUCCUCAUAAAUUCUACAUAGGGUUUCGCUACGUGCAUCCUCUGACGGAGGAGGCUAUUGAGGAGAUGGAGAAGGAUGGAGUAGAGAGAGCAGUGGCUUUCACCCAGUACCCACAAUACAGCUGUUCUACAACAGGCAGCAGUUUGAACGCUAUCUAUCGAUACUACAGCAGCAGAGCAGACAGGCCUAAGAUGAGGUGGAGUGUCAUCGACCGCUGGCCCACACACCCCCUGUUGGUCGAGUGUUUCUCCCAGCAUGUCCUCAACGAGCUGCAGAAGUUUCCCCCAGAGAAGAGGGAUGAUGUGGUUAUCCUGUUCUCAGCUCACUCACUACCCUUGUCUGUGGUGAACAGGGGAGAUCCGUACCCUCAGGAGGUUGGAGCCACUGUGCAGAGAGUCAUGGAGAGACUACAGCACUGUAAUCCUUACCGCCUGGUCUGGCAGUCCAGGGUCGGUCCUAUGCCGUGGCUGGGCCCUCAGACAGAUGAUGCAUCAAGAGGUCUGUGUGAACGGGGCAAGAAGAACCUGCUGCUGGUCCCCAUCGCCUUCACCAGCGACCACAUCGAAACGCUGCAUGAGCCUAGACAUCGAGUACUCUCAGGUGCUGGGAGAGGAGGUACGUGUCUGUGUGAGCUGGACAUCGAGUACUCUCAGGUGCUGGGAGAGGAGGCUCUGGCAGACCUGGUCCAAACCCACCUGAAGUCAAACGAGUCCUGUUCCCGUCAGCUCACCCUGCGCUGCCCACUGUGUACCAACCCCACCUGCGGAAAAACCAAGGCCUUCUUCGCUAAUCAGAAAUGACCCUCCUCCUCCUCAACCAUUUUCUAGUGUUGCAAACUGCAGGUAACUACCCCCCCCCCAAAAAAAUGUCCUGGUUUCCCUGAAAUCCUAUUUGAAGGAUUCUGGAUUUCCUACUUAUUUCUUCCUGAUUCCUGGAUUCUUCCAACCGGGAUUUCUAGAAAAGCUGGUAAUUCUGAGAGUCACCUGCCCUCUACCCAUCUGUUACUACGUGACAGAGCACACGUUUCUAAGUAACUACCAGAAGAAGAAGCAGACAAACUAGAAAAGAAGCUGUCAGUACGCAUCUCAUUAAAGCUAUAAGACAAGUAGAGUUGCACUUAUUUUGUCCGCCUUGCCCCGCUCGCUCACAUUCCAUCAGUUUUCCAGGGAUUCAAUGGUGUCCAUUUCAUCCCUCCCAUCUUUUUCCAAAGAGGAAGAUAAACUGGACUGUAAUCCUUUCUCACCUGGUCCAGUUGGUUUGUACGUCAUGCUCAGGGACAGUGGCGAAGCGUGUCCCCCACCCCAUUCUGGUAUGUCAUCCACAGUGUCUCUUUGAGACCCUCUCUGAAGUCUGGUGGACUGUCCCCUGCUUUGAGACCCUCUUUGAGACCCUCUCUGAAGYCUGGUGGACUGUCCCCUGCUUUGAGACCUCUAUCUCCUCUCGGCCUCCAGAGGAUCCCUGCUUCCAUCCUUGUAGAGGCACUGCUCAUCCAGAGUCGAGGCUCUUACCUUUCCCACCCAGUAACCUCUGACCUCUAUUAUAGGGAACCAUAAUCCCUGGUUCCACUUCCACAAAGUGCUGCUGCACAUCUUGCCCCUGCAUGAGUCCCCUGUCUCUCCCCGGUCAACCUCUCAUCUCUCCCUGCUGCAGUGGUCCCCCGUCCCUGGCUCUCCCGGUCAACCUCUCA